AGAACCGGACGCGCCCACUGCCGCUAUGUGGCGUCCUCCGCGUUAUGAUGGAUUAUCAUGGACCAUGGUCGUGCGGUUGUGAUCUACUUCUUGGGAAUCAUCUCUGGCGUCUGCAUUCUCCCUGCAGUGCUCUUCACCCACGAGCACCUGCUCCCACGGCCAGCCAAAACGCCGGCGCCUCCGACGGUGGGACCUUCGCCCAAUGAACUGUGGCCGACGGCAGUAGCUCCGGGGCAGAUGGAAGAUCUCAAAGAGUGCGGACUCCCGAGGAUUUGGUUGCACCUUGAUGCGCCCUCCCAACUGCCCUAUGAGAAGCUGGACACAUAUCAGCCUGGCAGCGGCCGCUUCAAGGGCCAAGCUGGACAAGACAGGUGGGUGGAUCAGGUUCUUCAAAGCCGCAGAAAGCUCUUCGUGGUGGAGUCGGGUGCGCUGAAUGGCAUCAAUCACUCCAACUCCAUCUUCUUCGAAACCGAGCGCGACUGGGAAUGCUUGCUCGUGGAGGCCAAUCCUUAUUUAUGGCCCGAAGUGCGCGCGAGACACCGGAAGUGCUUCUUCUUAAGCGGCGGCCUGUCCAUCACCAAGGCACGGGAGGACUUCCCCUUCAAGCUGGCAGGUCCUUUAGGUGGCUUCACGGCCACCAUGGGCGCCGCACAUGCUCAGCGUGCGAAGGCAGAGAUCGCGCGCCAGGCGCCGUGGAUGAAGGGAAAGCAGUCGACGGGAGAGGUGAUCAGAGUGAACGCCUUUCCGUUGGACCACGUCUUAGGUGCGUUGAACCAGUCGGUGGUGGACUAUUGGAGCUUGGAUACGGAGGGAAGCGAGCUUCAGAUCUUGAAGGGCUCAGGGUUGGAGAACAUCGAGCUGGGUGUUCUCACGGUGGAGCACAACAACGAGAAAGAAAAGAGGGAUGAAAUCAAAGAGUUCCUGCAACAGCACGGGAUUCAGCGAGUCCGUGCAGGAGGGCAGGAUGAUUUCUAUGCAAAUCCGAGCUAUUUUCACCGGAGAGGCUGGCCUUUCCCUGAGACUUCGAGUCCCUGACAGCUGACAGCGCUGCAGCCGUAGCCUUCACAUGAAGCAAGGGUGAUCCUGAUGAAAGCUUAGCUGGACC